GCCCUCUUAGGCUUUUCUCUGUCUAUGUAUAUCUUGUAUCUUGCACGUGGUCUAAAAGACGUUGUUUGAUGAAUCUCGUAAAACGUUUCAACAAAAAUAAUAUCGAUUUUUAAAAACGAUUUAUAUAGAAAGCUAUUGACCUUAAAAUCGCAUAAAAUUAUGUGUUAAAGAUGGUUAGACAUAACAAUCAAUUGCCGGAUAAUCUUCCACAACUGCAGAAUCUUAUUAAACGUGAUCCAGAGUCUUACAAAGAAGAGUUUCUUCAACAAUAUCUGCAUUACAAAUCUACUUUAGAAGUCUUUCGUUUGGAACCUACACAGUUUAACAAAAGUCUCGAUGAAUUGAUAACCUUCUUGGCUCAGGUAGCCCAUUGUUAUCCAGAUGAUUUAAAAACAUAUCCUCAAGAAAUUGUUGAUAUAUUACAAACUCAUAAUACUAUAUUAGACAAUGAAAUGCGUAUGACAUUCUGUAAAGCAUUGAUCCAGCUGCGCAACAAAUCACUUUUAGAACCUAUUGCACUUCUCAGUUUAUUUUUUGAACUUUUAAAAUGUCAAGAUAAAAUUUUAAGACAAUUUCUCAAAGUGCAUAUAAUCACAGAUAUUAAAAAUGUCAAUACAAAACAUAAAAAUACUAAAGUUAAUACAGCGCUACAAAACUUUAUGUUUUCCAUGUUAAAAGAUUCUAAUGCCAAAGCUGUGAAGAUGUCUAUAGAUAUUAUGAUAGAAUUGUAUAACAAAAAUGUUUGGAAUGAUGUUAAGACUGUUAAUGUUAUAGCAACAGGUUGCUUUUCUAAAAUAACAAAAGUAGUAGUUGCUAGUUUAAAAUUCUUUUUGGGAACUGAUCCAGAAGACAAAGGUAGUGAUGAUAGUGAUUCAGAUGAUGAACCAAAUAUGAAGGAAAUUAUGAUGGCUAAUAAAGUAAAUAAAAAAACAAAAAAACGACAGAAGCAAUUACAGAAAGCUAAACAAUUAUUUGUGAAAGCAAAAAAGAAGAAAUCUAAGGCCCCACAAUAUAAUUUUUCAGCGUUACAUUUAAUUCACGAUCCUCAGGAUUUUGCUGAAAAGCUGUUCAAACAGUUAGAAAAGAAAAAUGAUAGAUUUGAAGUUAAGCUAAUGAUUUUAGAUGUUAUCUCUAGACUCAUUGGCUUGCAUAAUUUAUUUCUCCUGAAUUUUUAUCCAUAUAUACAAAGAUUUCUUCAACCUCAUCAACGAGAGGUUACCAAACUCUUGCAAUUUAUAGCACAAGCUUCCCAUGAAUUGAUACCACCUGAUGUGUUAGAACCGGUCUUAGAAACUUUAGUAAAUAAUUUUAUAACAGAAAGAAAUUCCGCAGACGUGAUGGCUAUAGGUCUAAAUACCGUACGCGAGAUAUGUACACGAUGUCCAUUGGCCAUGAAUGAGGUUCUACUUGAAGAUUUAAUACGAUAUAAACAGUAUAAGGAGCGUUCUGUUAUGAUGGCAGCGCGUUCUCUAAUUGGAACAUUCAGACGUCUAAUGCCUCAUUUAUUACGUAAAAAAGACAGAGGUCGUCUUACAGAAGCCAACAUUAUGAUAAAGCCUUCAAAAUAUGGUGAAAUUCAAGCAAAUGAGUUCAUAUCAGGAGCAGAAAUUCUUUAUGAUCAACAUACCGAGAGUAAUAAAGAUACUGAUAGUACAGAAGUAAGAAAUGAUGAUGAUGAUGAUGAUGAUGAUGAUGACGACGACGACGACGACGACGACGAUAAUGAUGAUGAUGAUGAAUGGUUUGAUAUAAGCCAAAGUAGUGAAGAAGAAAUCAGCGAUGAUGAAUCGACAGCAAAGGAUAUAGAAACGACGAAAUCUUCCAUUAAUGAAAAUGACGAUAAGAAUUUAUCUUGUAGCGAGAACAAUAGUACAGAGAAUAGUACAGAGAAUAUUUGUGAAGCAAAUAGCAGAAAACGAAAAAUAAAUGAAGUCUUACAAAAGAAAAACAUCUUAACAAAGCAACAAAAGAAGGCACAGAAAUUAGAAAUGAAGGAAAAGCAUAAGUCAGAACAAAAUGUGGAUUUAACAACUGAGAAAAAAACAAAAGCAUCUCUAAUUUCCAUUGAACGAUUGCUCACGGAUAAAGAUUUUAGAAAAAUUGAUAUCGCAUUAGCAAAGCAACAAGUAACAUUCGCUAGAAGCGGCAUUAAAAGAACGCACGAUCAAAUUGAGAGGAAUCAAAAUGGAGAAUUGGUAAAAUUAAGCGAUAUAGAAAAUAUAUAUAAAAAACGCAAACAUGACAAGGCUGCUCGACAGGAAUCUGUAAAAAAGGGGCAAGAACAAAGAGAUAAAUUUGGUUUUAAAGAUCGGCGACAAAAUGCAAUGUGCAGUAGAACGAAUCGUGAGAAGAGGAAAGGAAAAGCAUUCUCAAUGCUGAAACAGAAAUUAAAAGGAAAAGUAAAACGAUCCUUUAGAGAAAAACAGAUAGCUCUAAAAAAUCAUCUGCUCAAACAAAGAAAAAUGAAAUAAUUGAUAUAUUGUUUAGCUCCUUUUUCUAUC